CUUCAAAUUUUUCGUGUUCAAAACUUCCAACGGCCUGCGGCGUCAAAUUUCCCUGUUUUGUGAAUCUGCUGUAUUGUCGAUUUUCGAGCAAAAUUAUAUUUUUGUUUCAAUAGUUCAUUUUACCGAUACUAAAGUUUAUAAAAAUUAAAAUUACAUACUAUGACAAUGGAUGAAAGCAUGGAAUUUGAAGUAAUCAGUGGAGAGCUGGACACGAAGAAGCAAAUCACUCAUAUCAUAUCUAAGGCCAAGGAUUACCAGGAUAAAGUUAAGGAAAUUGUUUCGAGUUACUAUGUCGACUUCUUGCCCAACUGCUACGAUAACGUAAUGAUAAUGAAAACUGGAAAAAUGUUAGAGGAUGAGAUCAACAAGGCUCUCUCGCUGGUCAAUCAAGACACUACAUGGCAAUUGAACAUGGGCCAGGAAAAUGUUCUUCAACUUCGUGAAGAAUUGAAUGAAAUUAUUUUGGGAUAUAAAACAUCGUUUAAGUUACAAACCAUCCAUAGUUUGUUUGAAAUGAUCUCCAGAACUGGUGAUGAUUAUCAAAAACUGAUCCAUAUUCUGGAAAAAAUCAAAACCUUACUCAACAGCGACAACGAUCCUAUUCUCCCAAAAUUGGAAUGUUACCAGAGCAUCAGAUUGCGUUAUCAUGAAGAGUAUCAGAUUUUGUUAUACAAUCUUAACAAAAAAUUUGAAUCUUUGAUAAGCUUCAGCGAAAAACCAUUUCAAAAUACUAAAUCGGUCACAAUUAAGAUUAAAAAAGACGAAGAUCAACUCCAUCAGGUUAUCGUUGCUUUGGUUCAUACCAACUACAACGUUAAUAAAAUGUGCAAGUUUUUAAUGGACAAUGUAUUUGAACCUAUAAUCACAAGGCCGGUAUCUCUUACAUGCAACGAGGAUGAAGGGGAUUUUGUCACGAUUCAACUUUCGUAUCAACUGAAAUCGAGUGAGGAUCUUAGACCGAAUUAUCGAACUAUAUUUCAACGGAUGAUGGAAACUUUCUACUGCCUCGGACAUAUGAACAUACUUAUUUCUGAAAAGCAGUGCAUUUUUUCUAUAAUAGCGAAGCACAUUAAAGGAUCGAUGUGCAAGUUGUUAAUUGACAACUGCUUGCAGCAUGACAUUCCGGAUACGAUAGAUGAAAUGAAUGAAUCUAGCAUAGUGCAUGCGAUUCAAGAAUUCAACAAAUUUCUCACAGACAUGUUAUUCUUGGACAAUGAAAAUGAUCACAUAUUGGAUGAAUACGCUAGCAAAAUAGAACUCCUGUUCCAGAAAAAAUUUUGCAGUAAUAUCGUGUCAACAGCGUUAGAUAUAAUGAAAAAGGAUAUGCAUGAUAUGGUGCUGGUGGAGGACCGGGACUCUCAGUUUUCUAGCGGAUCAGAUAUGUUUUCCAGCUGUAUGGUAUCGAAGAGCACUAUUGAAAUGAAAAAGCUCUUGGACAAAAUUCUUUCCGAAGCAGUUUCGUCAAACGAGAAAGAAUUAUCGGAGCGAUUGAUUAAAACUAAUGCCACUAUUUUGGAACGUUAUACUAUUGAGGUAACCCAGAAUCAUGAGAAAUUGCUUUUGAAAAUACCACAACAAACAGCAUUAUUUUAUAACAACUGUAUGUACUUGUCGUUUUGGUUACAAAAAAAUGCCAGUAAGCUGAAUGGUAACAACUCAUUUAUGUUGAUUGGUAGCGCUCUGCGUGAUCAUGGAAGCAAAACGUUUAAUAAUCAAUUGCAAAAUCAGCGAUCGCUAUUGCUUACUUCGUUAGAAGGAUUUGAUGUAACCGAAUGUACGAUGGAGUUAGGACCUGAACCACAGAAAGCAGUACGACAGUGUAUUCGACAAUUGGAUCUUCUUAAAAGUGUUUGGCAGACGGUUCUUCCGGAGGCCAUCUACAAGACGAGUAUUGGUGGUUUACUAACAACUUUCUGCGGAGAAAUAAUAAGAAGAAUCUUCAAUCUUGAAGACAUCACAACUCCUAUUGGUAGUGGCCUAGUUGGGCUCAUAGGGAUAGUUAAAGAAAAAGCACCACAACUGUUCAAGGAUUCAAGUGAUAUCUUUGUUGCAGUUAAAAAUUGGACUAAAUUAGUUCAACUACAAAAACUACUCGACGCAUCUUUGGUAGAGAUAACUGAAAUGUGGGCGGAAGGCAAAGGUCCUCUGACGUUGAAUUACAAAGCUGAUGAAAUUAAACAUUUAAUUCGAGCGCUGUUCCAGAACACCAAACAUCGCCAAACGUGCCUUGCCUCUAUUGUGCAACUGUAAACUUGUGGGGAAGUUGAUUAUUAUUGAAAUAUUUUUUAAGGAACUAUCAUUUAUUAGUUUUUUUUUAUAAUAAAGUAGAUUCAAAUAGAUGUUUGUAUCUUUAACCGUAUUAUACACUCAGGUAAAUUCAUAUUAUAAUUGUCAUAAGAUUCGUCUUAGCUUUUGCUUUGGGUCCUCCGCGGAAACCCAUCUGAUCAAACAAGAACGAAUACAGUAUCGUUGUUUGCGUAUUUUUUUUCGGGAUUUUCAUCCCUUAAGGGUGGGUUUGCUUGCGUAUUGCCAUAGGUUGUAUGCAGUCGACAUAUACGAUGAGUCUCGAAGUACUGGCGGGAGUAAUUUUAAUGCCGUUGAACUUGCUGGGAGUAAUGCCGUUGAAAAAUCGGUUCUUCGACUUAUCGAAGUGAAACUAUGAAUCCUUUGGUGAUAGAAAAUUAGGAAAGGCUUAUGAAUAUUAAUCCACAAGGGAAAUAUGUAAACAAUUAUCAUGCUUUUAAUUAAUUUGAAAUAAAUCCUUCUUUAUUAAAUUCGGACACGAGUCACUUUUAA